UCUGCGCAGUCUGCAGUUGGGACGUAGACCUGGAUCUGGACCUGGACCUAGACCUGGAUCUGGACCUGGAGCUGGACCUGGAUCUGGACCUGAAUCUAAACUAACCUGUAGUUGUGUCCAAAUGGACUCGGAGACGUCCCCCGUCCUCUCCCCGGUCUCCAUCCUGUCCCUGUUGGCGUGUGGUCUCCAGGUUUUAGCUGCCGUCCUCCUGACUAGAUGGUUUGGGGGGCGGAGCUCAGCUCAGGACAGGUGGGUCCUUCUGUGGCUCUUCUAUGAUGUCAUCGUCCACCUGACCCUGGAGGGACCGUUUGUGUACAUGUCUCUGAGGGGGACGGUGGACACGUCUCAAGGUCCUCUGGCUGAACUCUGGAAGGAGUACAGUAAGGCCGACAGUCGUUGGUUAGUUUCUGAUCCAACAAUCGUCUCCAUUGAAAUUGUGACGGUCGUCCUCGACUCUCUGAUCGCUCUGGUACUAAUACACGCAGUACUGGAAGACAAGUACUACAGACACUUCCUGCAGAUCGCUCUGAGCGUGUGCGAGCUGUACGGCGGCUGGAUGACCUUCUGUCCUGAUUGGCUGAUGGGAAGUCCUCACCUCAACACGUCCAACCCCCUCUACCUGUGGGUCUACCUGGUCUUCUUCAACGGGGUCUGGGUCCUGGUCCCGGUCCUGCUGCUGGUCCAGUCCUGGUUCUGUCUCAAGAGUCUGCACACGCUCAGUGUGGACACACACAACAUGAAGAGGAAGCAGCUGUAGAGACCAAUGAUGACAUGAAACUUGUGUCUCUUUGUUUCACAUUUAUUCAUAAUAAAGACGCUGGAACUUCA